AUGGCCCUCGCGGCCCGCUACGCCCGCGCUUCGCCGCUGCUGCUGACACUGAUGCUGCAGCUGCUGCGGGCCGCCGCCUCUGACACGGUGACCGCCCGCGGCCGGCUGGACGCUUGCGUGGUGCCCGGCUGUAGCUGCCUCGACGGCGGCGCCGACGUCUCCUGCCGCGACGCUGCGCUCGGAGACGCCUUCUUCGACGACGUCGCCGUGUCGCCCGCUGCCACCAGGCUGGAUCUGGCGGGCAACAACCUGACGAGGCUAAGCCGGCAGUUCUUGUCGCAGCUGCCGCGCCUAGAGGAGCUGAUUCUUUCGGGCAACAUCCUGAACACUAUAGAGCCCAGAGUCUUCUCAACUAACAAGGCCCUGAAGAGACUGCAGCUGGACCAGAACUCGCUGUGGCAGCUGCCUGGAGAGGCGCUGUGGGGCCUGCGCCAGCUGAAGAACCUCCGCCUGGACGACAACCGGCUCUCCAGCGUGCCCUCGGCAGCUCUGCGCCCACUCGUCCGCCUGGAGGCCCUGAACCUGGCCAACAACCUCGUGACAUCCAUUUCUGCGGGAGAUUUCCCACGACUGCCAAACUUGGUUGUGCUAGUCAUGAAGAGGAACCAGAUCACAACUAUCGAUGACGACGCCUUCCAGAAUGUCACUUCUCUGAGAUCUCUGCAUCUGGAUGACAAUUUUCUGCACAAGAUACCCUCUGCACUCACAAGGCUGACUUCUCUGCAGGAACUGUCAGUUUCUGGUAACCGCAUCAAAUACAUACCUGGUGGUGUACUGCAACAGGCGCCAGGGUUGGCACUACUGGAGCUGCGGGGAAAUCCCCUGGUGGCUGUCGCGCCCACCGCCUUCUCCCACCUGCCGCGACUGCGAAAGCUCAUCCUGUCCGAUGCGCGGGAGCUGACCGAGUUCCCCAACCUGGAGGGCACAACGGCGCUGGAGAUCCUGCGGCUGGACAGGGCUGGACUCCAGGAGGUGCCCGCCUCACUCUGCUCCAUCUGUCCCAGGCUCCGCAGUCUGGAUGUGAGAUCGAACAAGCUGACCAGAAUUCCAGACCUCAAUGCCUGCAAGGACCUCAGGGUGCUGGACCUGUCGAGCAACCGCAUCGCAUCACUGGAGGGCCGUCCAUUCCUUGGGCUGUCCCUGCUGCACGACCUGCUGCUGGCGCACAACUCCAUCCCCAGGCUGCCCAAGGACGCCUUCGAGGGGCUGCCGCGUCUGCAGGUCCUGGACCUCGAGGACAACCGCAUCACCGACAUCCAUCCGGAGGCCUUUCUGCCGUUCACGCAGCUCGAGGACCUGAACCUGGGCGAGAACACGUUCCCUGUGCUGCCGACGGCCGGGCUGGAGCGGCUGCUGGUGCUGAAGGUGUUCAACAACCCCGAGCUGCGGGAGUUCCCGCCCCCGGAGCGGUUCCCGCGCGUGCAGCGGCUGAUGCUGGCCUACGCCUACCACUGCUGCGCCUUCCUGCCUCUGCUGCCACCCGACCUGCCACCCAAGCCACCCCUCAAGGACGCCGUCAUCUUCCCCGAGGAUUCCGAGUUCGACAUGAGCCUCUGGAACUCCAGCCUGACUGAUAUCUGGCCUCAGUUCCAAAACCUGAGCAAGAAGUUCGGGCCUCAAGUGACAGACCUGUGGGAGAGCUUCGGGUCGGAUUUCACGUACCCGGGUAACCUGCCGGCCUACGUCGAGGAAUACUUCGAGGAGAACGACGGCGGUCGAACUGUCGCAGCCGACCACGGCGCCGCAGACUUCGUGCGCUGUGUGCCCCUGCCAGGUCCAUUCCUGCCGUGCCAGGACCUGUUCGACUGGUGGACGCUGCGCUGCGGCGUGUGGGUGGUCUUUCUUCUGGCCAUGCUGGGUAACGGUACAGUCGUCUUCGUUCUCGUCUUCUCGAGGAGCAAGUUGGACGUGCCGCGCUUCCUCGUCUGCAACCUUGCCGCCGCCGACUUCUUCAUGGGCAUUUAUCUCGGGUUCCUGGCGGUGGUGGACGCGUCGACGCUGGGCGAGUUCCGGCGCUUCGCCAUCCCGUGGCAGAUGUCGGCCGGCUGCCAGCUGGCGGGCUUCCUGGGCGUGCUGUCGGCCGAGCUGAGCGUCUACACGCUGGCCGUCAUCACGCUGGAGCGCAACUAUGCCAUCACGCACGCCAUGCACCUCAACAAGCGCCUCUCGCUGCGCCACGCAGCCUACAUCAUGCUCUGCGGCUGGAUCUUCUCUCUCAUGAUGGCCGUGCUUCCACUCUUUGGCGUGUCAGACUACCGCAAGUUCGCGGUGUGCCUGCCGUUCGAGACGACGACGGGCCCCGCGAGCCUGGCCUACGUGGUGAUGCUGAUGCUGGUGAACGGCGUCGCCUUCCUCAUCCUGAUGGGCUGCUACCUCAAGAUGUACUGCGCCAUCCGCGGCUCGCAGGCCUGGAACUCCAACGACUCGCGCAUCGCCAAGCGCAUGGCGCUGCUCGUCUUCACCGACUUCAUCUGCUGGUCGCCUGUCGCCUUCUUCUCGCUCACCGCCGCCUUCGGGCUCGAGCUGGUUACUCUGGAACAAGCCAAGAUCUUCACGGUGUUCGUGCUGCCGCUGAACUCGUGCUGCAACCCGUUCCUGUACGCGAUCCUGACGAAGCAGUUCAAGAAGGACUGCGUGCUCAUCUGCAAGGCGAUCGAGGAGUCGCGCGUGACGCGCGGCAUCGGCCGCUGCCGGCACAGCUCCAACUUCAGCAACCGCCAGACGCCCGCCAACACCAACAGCCUCGCGGACCGCUCCUCCAGGGAGCAGCAGCAGCAGCAACAACAGCAACAGCUACAUCACCAGCACCAGCAGAUCGCCUGCGCCUGCGGAGGUAUGAAAGGCGGCCGGGGACGAUCUAGAGCGGGGGCGGCGGCGGCGGACGGGAGGCCUACGUCGCGCCCGGCGGCGGUGCACGGCAAGCGCAACGCGUCGCUGUCCUCCAGCGAGAACUUCAGGUACCCCGGCGCCGCGCCACUCCCGGAGACUGCUGCCGCCGCCCUGCUCGCCGCCCGCCCCACGUAA